AUGGCAUCUCCAGCUGCAAAAGCAGUAGAAGUAUCGCCCACACUCUCUGCCACACAACCAACUUCAGAAGAAGCGCCUCCACCCUACGACACCUCGAGUCUCCCUCCCAAUCCAGGUUUCUGCGAACUUGCCUUCCGCGAAAGACUAGACAACCGCAUACCAGGCGGCGGCAUGCCAUCAGCGCAAUACUUUGCACCCUGCAAAGCAUGUUCGUUCGUUUGCGGCGACGAGAUACCGCCAGUCUACAAGCAGGGUUGGUUGGAUUGGAUAGACCCCAGUGUAAAUUUCAGAUGGGAAUCGCAUGUUGCUGUGGAUAAGGAGAAGGAUGGGCCGGUGGAAGGGGAGAGGGAAUUAUUAGGGUGCUGGAUAUGUUGGGAGUAUGAGCAGAAGUGGAUUGAGCCGAUGGUCCCGAAUGAGUGGUAUAAACAUAUGAGGCGGCAUUUCUUUGUGGAGGGGUAUAGGAUAUGUAAGGGGAAGACGGGGGCGAUGCAGAGGAGGAGGAACUGUGAGGUUGGACACUGCCCGAAGAUCCACUCUUAA